AAAGCAAUUUAUAUUUAUAAAUACGCGUUUUUGAAAAACACUAGCAACAAACUGCAUUUGAUUCAGGUUAGUACGUUUAUUGUCGCUUUGUCGUUCGUGAGGUGCGCUUCGCUCUUCUAUUGGAAUAUAUUAAAUCAAGACAGAAGAUGAAUAACGAAAUAUUUUUAUUUGACGACAUUCCGAACUGCGCAGGAGGCGAAGCACCUCUAAUAACCAAAUCGGAAGUACAACCUAGGAUCAUCUUCUACGAGAACCCUAGUGUGAAUAGUAAUAGUAGUUCCGAAGAAGAACAAGCACCACCGCCAUCACCAGCGGGGGCUCAAGGUAGCUCCACGGAAUCCAUGCCGAAUUCGACUCCUACUGUAACUGUUGAUGCUACCGGCAGUUCCGACUCUAGACCUUGUUCCAACGCGACAACAGCUGAAGCCCAUGACGGUGAACUGACUAUUGGACCUAUACACACUAUUCCUUUCAGAUGCUUUCAAAAAGCUUGCGUUGUGAAGAUCGUCUGCGCCUCUAUUUUAAUUAUAUUGGUUGGCAUCGCGGUCAGCGUCUGGGCUGUUCUAAGAUGAACUAAGAUGAACUAAUAUCAUACGACAUAGGCGACAUGUUAUUUAUUUUAACAAAUGAUGACCGUCCGAUGACAAAAGCCCCCCGUGCGUAUUCAGGGGCUUCAGGUACACAACAUAGUCCACUUAAAAUGUCAUUAUGUAAUAAUCAGCGUGAAACGACCAACAUUUUUAAGUAGUAUUAUUGAAUAAUGAUUAUUAUUCAAUAAUAACUACAGCGUUCAACGAAUAUGAUCCAUCAAAAUAUUUAUAUACACAUUUUAAAUCGUACCAAUAUUUUAAAUUUAUUAAAAA